AUGCCUGACCCGACAAUACUCUCUUUUGCCACUUCAAAUCGAGGUGAACUAAUGCUUAUUUAUUCAGGAUAUGGUUAUCGAUUAAAAAAGUCGACAAGAAAAGUUAAAUACUGGGUUUGUCAAUCAAAUAGCUGUGCAGCGAAUGUUCAUACUAAUGCAAAUGAUCAAUUCAUUAAAGUUAAUGGACAACAUCGACAUUUGCCUGCAAGUGAACGAAUGGAACUUCGAGAUCUGAAAAAUAAGGUAAAGGAGAGGGUGGAAAGUGAAACGACUUCUGUGCCCAACAUUUAUGAAGAAAAAUUAGCUCGUUUUAAUCUCUCUUCAGCUGCUCUUAUCCUUGCAUCACUUCCCGCUGAUGCAAAAUCUGUUUUAAAUCGUGUUCGUCGAAAUAUAACUCCAUCAGUACCUACAUCAAGUGAUUUCGAUAUUCCUGAUUUUUACCGACAAACACUCAAUGGUAAAUCAUUUGUUUGUAGUGAUAGAUUUAUCGGAAAUAAACGAAUGAUUUCAUUUGCGACUGAUAAGCAACGUGAAACAUUGUUCUCAUCUGAAUGGAUUUUUCUCGAUGGGACAUUCGAUUCAUGUCCAGCGUAG